AUGGAUGAACUGGACCUUGAAUACGAUGACCGCUCGGUUGAACUCUCUUCUAUUGUUGCCAUCUUCCCGGAAACCCAAAUCGACCCCAAGUACCCGUUCAGGGCCGUCCUCGAGCUGCCAGUGGCGCCAUCGUCACCGACCCCGGUAUAUUUCCAACCACCUAUCGACCCUACACCGACCCCUACUCUCACCCCGCCAACGUCAGUAGAUGAAUCGAAGGGGCCAUUGGAUGAGCCUGCCAAGGAUGUUCAUAUACUAUCUCAUUUGCCACCGUUGAAACUUGAGAUCGAAUUACCUGAGGGCUACCCCUCCGAAAAACCGCCGAUUGUUCAUCUCAGUUCCACUCCUGUGUGGCUGCCAACUUCUACCACGGGUUUAUUAUUAGAUGACUGCCGCCGAUUAUGGGAAGAGUGUGAUCACGAUCUGGUUAUCUUCACAUACAUCGAUCACCUCCAGCAGCUUGCCGAAAACGUUUUCCAUACCCAGAACGCACUGGGUGAAGUUUGCCUUUCGCGAGACCUAAAGAUUGCCUUGUUGGACUAUAACAUCAAGGCAGAGCGUGAGAAAUUCGAACAGGGAACCUUUGAGUGCGGGGUUUGUCUUGAGCCUAAAAAGGGCACAGUUUGCUAUCGAUUACUUCGCUGCUCUCACGUAUUCUGUGUCCAAUGUUUGCAGGAUUUCUACAAUUCCUGUAUUGCCGAGGGUGAUGUGGACAGCGUUAAAUGCGUGGCACCAGAUUGCGAAUCCAAUAAAAGACCUCGAGACGCUCAAGUGCAUGGCGACCUACAAAACCUGCCCCGAAAGAAACGUGAUCGCACACUGGGGCCAAGUGAGCUGCUCCAAAUUCCUCUAACCCCCGAGGUGGUACAAAGAUACGCAUUCCUCAAGCGAAAGAAAAAAAUUGAAGCCGACAAGACGACUGUUUACUGCCCGCGACAAUGGUGCCAGGGAGCCGCUCGAUCCAAAAAGCACCCCAAGCCAGAAGACCUGAUGGUGGACGACCCCGAUUUGUCUGAUGAGGAAGAUCCUCCUGAUGGCACGAACCCAGAAGAGGAUGAUGGCGAGCUACCUCCAAUGGCCGAACGGGUCGCAAUUUGCGAGGACUGCAACUACGCCUUUUGUUCCGUCUGUAAGAAAGGCUGGCAUGGCGAAUUGCUCCGCUGCUACCCCCGUCGCCAAGGCGAGCCGACAGAGGAAGAAAAAGCCACCGAAGAGUACCUCCGGCUUUAUACCACUCCCUGCCCGACUUGCAACGUGCCUUGCCAAAAGCAAAUGGGAUGUAACCACAUGCGUUGCUUCCAGUGCGAUACUCACUUUUGCUACCUGUGCUCUGCCUGGCUUUUGCCAGACAAUCCAUAUAAACACUUUAACGAUCCAUCUGGUCGAUGUUACAACCGUCUUUGGGACCUUGAGGGCGGUGACGGCCUCAAUCCUGACGGCGCCGAAGCCCUGCACCGCAUUCCAGAAGCACUACUCAAUUUUGACGACGAACCGCCUGCAGUGAUGAUACCUGCAGGCGAUGAUGAAGAGCACCCCGCUUUCGAGUUCGACAAUGAUCAAGAUAUACUCCAUCUCCCUCCGCCCCCAGCUCCAAUCCCACCACCUGUCAACGCUCGUCGUCCUGACCAUGCUGCGGCCCGUGCAGCAGCAGCUGAGCGCCGUGCUCAGGCUAGAGCCAUGAAUGAAGUGCGACGUCGAGAUGCAGGCCAAGCAUACGACGCACCUGAUCAAGCGCGCCAGGAACCUCGCCGUCCAGUGCGCCGUCUACAGGUUCGCGCAGACGGUCCGGGAAAUGAAGAGAGAGCAGACUGGGGCCAUGGCAGAUGGCCGGGUCUUGAGCGAUUCGUCCAGCUUGCAGCGGAUGAUCGCGAAGACGAGUGGGAUAGUGAUGAGCUAGAAGAUUUCUGA